AAUUGUAUUUUUUUAGAAACGUUACGAAAUGAUAAGAGUAUGAUGCAUAGAGAGUUCACUCUCAUUGGAGAUGGCGAAUGAUUGACCAGUUACCACUGUAGACGAAGUGGACUGAAGCUCUUUUCAAUGCAGCGUCUACUAAAAACGUGGAAUGAUCGAGGGCGUUAUUGUAGGAUAUGGCAACAUUUUUUUGUCGCACUUUUGUCAACAGGAACGACGGUGCCACCGUUGAAGACUACGACUUUGGAACCAACAGAACAUAUGUUUAAUCUACUUCACUACGGGAAAGUGAAAGUUUAUCCUUCGAGAGAAAGAGUCUUACAGCUACUUAACACGAUGAAGCAGGAAAAAAGCUGUGAGUCAGGGAAAGGAAAUAAAUCGUCUGGGCGGAUCCAUUUUCAACGAAUAUUUUUUGCUUCGGAGGAAGAAGCAGAGAACAAGCUAAAGCAGGCUGCAAUGAACGAGGUCACUCAUAGACAAAGAGGUGCUUUAACUGCACUCAUUCGUCCUAUUUUCUUCCAAGCUUAUGUUCAACUGGGAAGGCACAGUGCUUGGAAACUUGUGUCCGUAUUGGAAAAUGUAUGUUCCAAAGAAGAGACGGCAGAAGAGGCUAGAAUACGACAGCUUGCAAUAGAGCAGUGUAUAAAGGCUUUGUGGACUGAAAGCUGGAAACGAAAGGAUGUUGAAACUUUGACCUUUCUCUUAACUUUGAUCAAGGUAUUUAGUCAGAAGAAGCAACCCAUGCGUAUAGUCGAUUUAGAACGACUCAUUCAGUAUCAAUAUCAUAUCCAGAAAAGUUCUGUGGCAGAUAAUCUUAUCAAAGCGACAAAGAGUAGAGAACAAGUCAACCAAAUACGAGAAUUGUAUUGGAAGCUUGCUGAACAGUUUCCACAAUCUUCCAAGCUGCACAAUCUUUAUCUUUUGUUUUGUCACAAUGAGCUGUCCACUACACAAGCGAAAAAAGAAAUGCAUCUGGUGUUGAGCUGUGAUCAUUUCUCAUUUUCUUGUGAAACUUUUCGAGUUCUGCUUCCUUCAGUUUCUAAUAAGGACCAUUUCAUCCUCUAUUUAAAGGUUGCAAAUCAACGCAAGCUCUUUAGACGCCCUGUAUUUUCUAUUUGGGUGAUUAAGGCAAUGUUCCGUCUCUAUGACAUAUCCACAAACCAAGUAGAGCGUCUCAAAUGGCUGCAGUUGAUGCAAUUAUACUUGGAAUGUCAGUUGAACAAAGGUAUCAGUGUUCCCAAGGAAACUAUUGAGGAGGUUAUGAUUGAGUUGGCAAGACGUGGACAAGUAAAGGCGUCACUUCAUCUCUUUUGGUUUCUCAAGUCUUGCUGGAUGAGUGGCCCAGAUAGACGUGUGUUGAGGAUUUUGUUGCUAACUACGAGUCGAAAUUCUUUUCCAACAUGUCAACACCAAGUGAACGAGAUUUGGAAGUUGCUGAUGGGUAGAAGGGAAGCCAACACAAUAGUUGCUAAGGAUCAGAAGCUUUAUAUUUAUGCAUGUGGAAUGAGUAAACAAGUGGACAAAUUGUUGGCUUUGCGGCAUUCUAUUUUUGAUGAAAAGAUUGAACUUUAUAUGGCUUUGAUUCAUGCUUUGCUUUGGAACCACCUGAAAGAGGAGGCAUUGUUGCUUUUGCAACAACUGGAGACGCAGUUUCCUUAUUUCAAUGCGUCUUUGAUGGGAUGCUUUUUAUUACCUCCCCGAAGUAUUUUGUGGAUGUUGUCCAACGAUGAGGUUCGAACAUUACUUGAACGUUGUUAUUCGGUAGAUUUGUUUUUAGAGUUACUAGCAAAGCAUUCUCUCUUUAUCAAAGGAGAUCCCUUUUUUAGAAGAGAUAUUGUUCAGAUAUUGGUUCGUUUUUGGUAUUUGUUAGAUUCUGUGGGUGUGCAUGGAAUGGAAGAUUGCAGUUAUGAUUGGAUAUUUUCGGAACUGGAAUAUUUUCAGCGGCAUGAAUGUUAUUCACAUAGUGCAAGUGGAAAGGAAGAGAGUUACAAAGAAAGAAUAUUAGAUCAUAGCUUUGUAAAGUUACUGGUAGAAAAAGGGAUGGAUGAAUUGGCUGGUCGUUUAGAUAUGUUUGCUUGUAUAUGCAAGAUUUAGAAAGAUUGUUAUCUUUCCCUAGCUGGAGUCGACUAUUUAUCAUACUUUUUGAAUUCAUGGAAAUAAAAUCAACUUGAGAUAG